AUGGCAAAGAAAAUUUUCUUAAUAUUGUGUUUAUAUUUAAGUGAUAUCGAGGCCAGUUUUAAUUUUUUGGUGCCACAAAAAGAAAGCAAGUGUCCUGAAAAGUAUUUGUACCAAAUUGACGAAAAAGGACAAUUGUUCGGAGCCCUUAACUUGAAAGAAUUUGGCAAUGAAGAAGUAUCGAUACAUGUUGAAUUAUUCUUAAGAGAUUCAAUUGACAAAACCGCAGGAAAAAUAGAAAAAUUAACAGGCAAGACAUUUAAAGUAAAUUUUCCAACAUGGAAAAAUAUUUCGCCACAAAUAGCCAUCAUACUUGUGAACGACAAGUUGAUUUGUACCGACUUGGCGAACUACGACGAAGAAAGCGAAUUGAUAAUUAUUGAAGGUUCAUUUAAUAUUACUGACGACAGUAAGGAAGCACCUUUACAAGUUUUACCUUUAGAAAUCACCGAAGAUAACCAAUUAAGCAACGAUAAAAUGUAUGGGGUAUUCGAGAUGUAUCAGCAAUUUAAUACUGCAGACAACAAAGUUGUAAAUGUGAAGAACAAAAUUAGGUUUAAACCUAAAAUGCCAAAGAAACCAAACAGAAACUAUCCUUUGUUCGAAAGAAGGAUACCCUAUAAGUAUAAACAACCUGUUGUUAUGAAAAACCCUUCAUUUAAUCUUAGAGGAUCGCCUGGAAAGAAUGACAUUGUUAAACCUGUUCCAGAAGGAUUUGGCGAAGUAACCACUACUCCAUAUUCCGAAGUUUGCGGUAAACCGAUUACAACAAAUUCCCUUAUAGUAUCAGGCUUUAGCAUUCCUAAAGGUGCUUAUCCAUGGCUUGUGGCUAUAUUCAGAGUACAGACGACAGGCCUUAACUACAUAUGCAGCGGCAGUUUGAUUUCCAACAAGCAUAUAGUUACCGCCGCCCACUGUUUGUUUAAAGACAACCGUGUAUCAAAGCCAGACGAUUUUCUUGUUAUCCUGGGAAAGCUAAACAUUGCCAAAUGGACGCCUACACCCGGCGAAGUCAUUUUGGAUGCGUCCAAAUUGCACGUUCAUCCUGAUUAUAAUCCUGCGACAAGCGAUGCCGACAUAGCCGUUAUCGAGCUUAGCGAAACCAUACACUUUACGGCAUUUGUCAGACCGAUAUGUUUGUGGAGCAACAAUGAUGACCUAAACAAAAUAGUCGGAGAUCAAGGUACAGUGGCGGGUUGGGGCAAAAACGAAAAAGGACACACAUCCCCAGAACCGAAGCAAACCUGGCUGCCCGUCGUCGAUCAAGAAACAUGCUUAAGAUCCGCACAUGAGUUCGCAUACAUCACGUCGGAACGGACGUUUUGCGCCGGAAUGAGGGACGGUUCGGGGCCGUGCAACGGGGAUUCCGGAAGUGGUUUUAUUUUGAAAAAAGACGGCGUUUGGAUGCUCAGGGGCAUUGUUUCCAUGUCCCUUUCUGAUAUAAAAGCCAGAACGUGCGAUUUGAGGCAUUAUAUUGUAUUUACCGAUGCCAGUAAGUUUAAUAGGUGGCUGUUAGGUUUUGUAUUGAAUAAAGAAUGACAAUAGGACUGUA